GAGCAUGCGCGAAGUGCAGGAUCACGAUUGGAACGGAACGUAAUUUUUAAUAUGGCGGAAGCAUUGUCCGCCGUAAGGACGUCUGAUUUUUGAAAAACGAAAUUAGCUUUUCUUUGGAUUUGAUUGUGUUGAUUCUGUUAUUUAAGUGAAAUUUAACACAAGUGGUUACUCUAAAACAAUAUCGAAGCGGCCAAGAUUCACAUUUAACGACCAAAUCUGCUAUAAAAAUGUCUAAGCGUGCAGCAUAUGGAGAUGAUGAAGACAGUCCACCGACUGAUGAUUCCGACUUUGAUGAUGAUGAGGAUCCAGACAAUUUGGAAGUGCCAGGGGGUGGUAAGACACUGGCUGCCGCAGCCCGCAUCGUCGGGGGACCCAGCAAGAUGAAGGGCACCCCCGCCCCAGUGACGGUCACUGUGAAACCUACCACAAAUCCACUAGCUGCACCAUCAGGCCAAGCCUUUGGUCAAGCCACAAACAUGAAGCCCAUCAAGAUACAGGCCUCGUCGCUGUCGAAGCCGGGGGCGGUGAUGGGCAACCUCGGCAUGCCACUCGGAACUGGAGCGGCGGCGCCGGCGCUGCCGUCGUUCCCGGGCGGCUCCUCGGCGUUCAACGCCGCCUCGCUGCUGGCGCAGAUGGAGCUAGCCAACAUGCCGGGCAUGAACUCGUACCUGCUGCAGAACCUGAACCAGAUCCUGGCGUCGGGCAUGGGCGGCCCGCUGGCCGGCAUGCUGGGGCAGAUCACCGGCCUGCCGCCCUGGCCGCAGCUCCGCCCUAACGCCAUGUGGAACCAGGAGAAGAUGCACGGAGAAGAUGAAGAAGUAGAAGACGAAGAGAUGGGCGUCGCUGAGACGUACGCAGACUACAUGCCCACCAAAUUGAAGCUGGGCCGCAAGCACCCGGACCCCGUGGUGGAGACGGCCUCACUUUCUUCAGUCGAGCCCGUCGACGUGUCCUACCGAGUCAGCCUGCCCGACCAGGUGAUAAUGAGUGGCGCCCUCUCCGCGCUGCAACUGGAAGCAGUUGUUUAUGCGUCGCAGGCGCAUCAACACAUGCUGCCGGGCGGCGAGCGAGCCGGGUUUCUCAUCGGUGACGGCGCGGGAGUGGGCAAGGGCCGCACGAUCGCCGGCAUAAUAUACGAGAACCACAUGAAGGGGCGCAAGCGCGCCAUCUGGGUGUCCGUGUCCAACGACCUCAAGUACGACGCCGAGCGCGACCUGCGCGACAUCGGCGCGGGGAAGAUCGAGGUGCACCCGCUUAAUAAGUUCAAAUACGCAAAAAUCUCGUCCGCAAUAAACGGCAACGUGAAGAAGGGCGUGAUCUUCACCACAUACUCGGCGCUGAUCGGCGAGACGCAGUCCACCACCACCAAGUACCGGACGCGGCUGAAACAGCUGCUGCAGUGGUGCGGGGAGGACUUCGACGGAUGUGUGAUAUUCGACGAGUGUCACAAGGCGAAGAACCUGUGCCCAGUGGGGUCGGGCAAGGCAACCAAGACUGGACUCACGGCGCUGGAGUUACAGAACAAAUUGCCUAAAGCGAGGGUCGUGUACGCGUCGGCUACUGGCGCUUCGGAGCCUAGGAACAUGGCGUACAUGGUGCGGCUCGGCAUCUGGGGCGAGGGCACGCCCUUCCCCACCUUCAUGGACUUCAUCAACGCCGUCGAGAAGCGUGGAGUGGGCGCCAUGGAGAUAGUAGCCAUGGACAUGAAGCUGCGCGGCAUGUACAUCGCGCGGCAGCUGUCGUUCCACGGCGUGUCGUUCAAGAUCGAGGAGGUGCCGCUCAGCGACAGCUUCAAGGAGACCUACGACAAGGCGGUCGCGCUGUGGGUGGAGGCGAUGCAGCGGUUCACGGAGGCGGCGGAGCUGAUCGACGCGGAGUCGCGCAUGCGCAAGACCAUGUGGGGGCAGUUCUGGUCCGCGCACCAGCGUUUCUUCAAGUACCUGUGUAUUGCCGCCAAGGUGAACCACGCAGUGAUAACAGCCCGAGAAGCAGUGAAAUGCGGAAAGUGCGUGGUGAUCGGUCUGCAGAGCACGGGCGAGGCGCGAACCCUGGACCAGCUGGAGCGAGACGACGGCGAGCUCACCGACUUCGUGUCUACUGCCAAGGGUGUAUUCCAGACACUAGUAGAGAAGCACUUCCCGGCGCCGGACCGCGACCGCAUCAACCGGCUGCUCGGGCUGGAGGCCUCCAAGCCGAAGCCCGCGCCCGCCAUCGCCCCCCUCGCUAAUGGGGACAAGAAGAAUGGGAGUGUGGAGGAGGCUAACAGCUCUAAGAGGAAACUGACGGCGCGCCAGCAAGCCAACGCAUCAGCAAAGCGCCUGCGCGGUGGCUCAUCAUCAGACGAAUACUUCCGCGGCUCCUCGGACGAGCUGGAGGGCGCGCGCUCCGACUCCGACCUCAGCGACUUCAACCCCUUCCGCGCCGGCAGCGACAGCGACGACGACCCAUGGGUCGGCCGACAAAAGAAGAAACCGCUCAAGAAGAAGAAAUCCAACUCGUCACCAAAGAAGAAGCCCACCACGACACAGGACAAGAUAGAGACGAUGUUCUCCCGCAAGACGACCCCGGCGACCCCUCCUGCUGCCACCAUCACUGUGGCCACGCCCGCUGGACCUCUUACUGGGACUCCGGUCGGGACCAACGGGAUAUACCUCGGCCCGGCGCGCAACCAGCCGCCGCCGCGCUCCGCCAUCGAGCGCGCGUGCAGCAUGAAGGAGGAGCUGCUGGCCGCCAUCGAGCGCCUGGGCCGCCGCCUGCCGCCCAACACGCUGGACCAGCUGGUGGACGAGCUGGGCGGCAGUGAGAACGUGGCGGAGAUGACGGGGCGCAAGGGGCGCGUGGUGCAGACGGAGGACGGGCAGAUCCUGUACGAGAGCCGCUCCGAGGCCGACGUGCCGCUCGAGACGCUCAACCUCACCGAGAAGCAGCGCUUCAUGGACGGCGAGAAGGACGUGGCCAUCAUCUCCGAGGCCGCCUCCAGUGGCAUCUCGCUGCAGAGCGACCGCAGAGCAAGAAAUCAAAGGAGAAGAGUUCACAUAACGUUAGAAUUACCGUGGUCUGCGGAUAGGGCAAUACAACAAUUCGGUCGAACCCACCGGUCUAAUCAAGUGAACGCUCCCGAGUACAUAUUCCUGAUCUCAGACCUGGCCGGAGAGCGGCGGUUCGCGUCCACCGUGGCCAAGCGACUAGAGUCCUUAGGCGCCUUGACACACGGCGACCGAAGAGCCACGGAGACCAGGGACCUUAGCCAGUUCAAUAUUGAUAAUAAGUAUGGUCGCACAGCCCUAGAGUCCGUAAUGAAGGCCAUAAUGAAAUACGAGCCGCCGCUGGUGGCGCCCCCGCGCGACUACCCCGGCGACUUCCUGCAGGACGCCGCCUCGGCGCUGGUGGGCGUCGGCCUCAUCGUCAACUCCGACUCCUCGCCCGGGCAACUCACGCUCGACAAGGACUACAACAACAUGUCGAAGUUCCUGAACCGCAUCCUGGGCAUGCCGGUGGAGCUGCAGAACAGGCUGUUCAAGUACUUCACCGACACGCUCGCCGCCGUCAUGGAGCAGGCGAAACGCAGCGGUCGCUUCGACCUCGGAAUCCUGGACUUGGGCGCGGCGGGAGAGAGCGUGCGGCGCGUGCUGACCGUGCGCUUCCUGCGGCGCCACGCCACGGGGCAGGCGCCCGUCGAGCUCACCACCGUGCACGCAGAGCGCGGCAUGGACUGGUCCGAAGCGCUAGAGAAGUUCUCUUCCCUCUCCGGUCCAAAAGAGGGCUUCUACCUCUCCACCACGGCGCGCAACAACAAGCACACGGCCGUGCUGUGCGUGGCCGCCAUCGUGACCAAGAAGGACAAACUCAGCAAGAAGGAACAGAUGUACCAGAUAUACAGACCCAACACGGGCCUGCAACUACGCAUGGAAUCGCUCGCGGAAAUCGAGAAGAAAUACAAAAAAACCACCCCCGACGAGGCGGAGACGGCGUGGCGCGCGCAGCACGGCGCCUCGCUGCGGACCUGCUCGCACGCGUACUGGCGCGGCAGCUGUCGCACGCCCGACUGCGAGGUGGGCCUGCGCGUGCGCACGUGGCACGUGCUCUCGGGCUCGGUGCUGGCGGUGUGGGCUCGCGUGGAGGGCGUGCUGGCCGCGCGCGCCGCGCUCAGCAAGAUGCAGGUGGUGCGCGUGAAGACCACCCAAGGCCUCAAGAUUGUCGGUACUGUGAUACCAAAGAACUGCGUAGAGCCGCUGAAGGAGGCGCUCUCCUCCGACGCAGUCUCCGUCAACGAGCAGAAGUACGACGAGACCUAGGCGCGACCCUGCCGCCCUAAGAAUAAAGUCUAGUUUAGCGCGGGCGCCGGCCCGUUCACAGUUCCUCUAUUACUCUAUAGUCGCUUCUACACUGAACUACAAGUUCUAUCGAAUUGUUUAUGUUCCGAGAGGUGAGUCAGAGCAAUAGACCCCACAUAGUCUUUUAUCAUUUAUGGAAAUAUAUAAAGUAAGUAUAUUUUUACUGUGGGAUAGAAGCGGUCUAAGAAAUAAAUGUGUUGUGACUAUCUAAACUUUUUUGUAGACAAAGAUAACACACUCAUUUCCUAGAUAUUUUAUCCGACCGUAAAAACCCUUUUUUGUAAGUAAAUAAUUGGAUUAAAUAUAAAUAAAUAUGGCGGAUGCCUCUAUCGAUGUUUUAGCUCACACGUUUUAUUAAUCAGAAAGAGAUAUAAAUAGUUGUUCAAAAAGCCAAAUAGCCCAUUCAAUAUAAAAAUUCUGAAGCCUUUUACUCUGUAUUUCAAAAUAGAUUUCUGUAAAGAUAUAUUUAAACUUUAUAUAUAACUAAACUAAAUAACCGUAGUGUAUGUCUGUGAGAAAGUAUUUUUUAUAUGUUACUGAUGUGUGCGUAGGAUUAAUCUUCACUACUGAUAAUUAAACAUUGAUAUGUAUUUUUUCUCAUGGACAUUACUAUUCACCAUCGAUUAUUUAUGUUUUGUUACCGACAGUCGCAUUGCUGAUGGCUCGUAUUCAAAUAAUCCAAUGUGCAGGUUAAUUCCGAUUAUUUCGUUUUAUAAUAAUAAUGAAUGAAACAUUAGUAGUGCCUAAUCCAAACAGGGAAAACAUAUAAAUGUGUACCUUUGUAAAUGAUUUUGAACUUAACAAGGGAGCUUUUUGCCCAUUGCCGCCAUCUAGUUAUGAUUAUUAAUUGAUCCACAGAUUCGAUUAUUUAUUAAGACCAGCCAUGAGUCAAUCCAAGUGAAGCUGUAGGUUUACAACUUACAAAAUAA